AGCGCGACCUGUUCUGUGUUUAGGGAAGUGAAUCUGCGCUUCUGAGUGACUGCGCAUCAUCCGCAACAAAGUUGUGAUUUUUAUUUUUAAAAUCCUCUAAUCUGAGUCAAUUUCUUCUUUAAGUAAUGCAGUCGCUCAGUGAAAGCGGAUGAUUUUUGAAUGAAUGGACCAGAGAGACUGUUAUCCUCGAUAAGAGCAGCUCUCGGUUAUUCUUUUGCACAUACCUCGCAUUCAGCUGACAUGUGGGAAUGGCAGAUUUCGAGCCUCAUAGCCUUCAUUUCUCUAGUUCUUUUUCUCGUAGCUGUAUGUUAUAUUUUGUACUCUGGCCUGACCACUGAAGUCCACAUCAGGACUGGUUUACCACCGGUCAGGAGCAUAACUAUAGCCUAUAAAUAUAAAGUGGGACCUUAUAAAGAAAGUGGCUCGCUGUUCAGAGAGAGCUGCAGCAUUGGACCCAAGCUGCCAUGCAUUGGGAUCUUUUAUGAUGAUCCAAAGAAGGUUCCAGCACAGAAGUGUCGCUAUGCGGUGGGCAGUAUUUUGAGUGAAAGCGAGGAUGCACACAGUGAGGAACAGCAGCAGCUGUAUGAGAAGCUCGGCUUCCGGAUUUUUUCUUUCCCAGAGGUCACUCAUGUCGUCACAGCAUCCUUCCCUCACCGAACCCCUCUCUCUAUUUUCCUGGGGGUGCAGAGGGUUUAUCCACAGCUGAACUGCUACAUCAAGGAAAGGAAGUUGUGUGCACAUCCAUUUCUAGAGAUCUACAAAGGGGGAAUGAUCCACUAUAUGGGUCCGCUGGCUCGGCAGGGUGAUUUCUAUGUUCCCGAAGUUAGAGAAGCCCAAAGAUGGUUAUUGGGAAAAGAGUCUGAAGAGGACCGGAGGACAGACAUCACAGGUGCUGACUCUGACAGCGAGUGCAGUUCUGUGAGCCGCCUGCCCCCCUCGGAAAGCCGAGACACCUCACCUGCCCUGUCCACCACACGGAUGCACUCACACGGAGACAGAGACCGAUCCUGGGACUUCGACCAUGUGGAGAGAAGCGACACCUCCAGCGUUUCUUCCUUUGAGGAGCUGGACCUCGACUUAGACAGGACGGACAGGUGUGACCACACCCCUCAACCAAUCACAGUAAGCGGCAAAAACAACCUGCAGGGCCAAGACAGAGAGAUGAUGGUCGAGGAAGAGUGAGAGAGCAGAACUGUGGGAAAUGUGAAGGAAGUGAAUAUAGUUUUCAGUUGGUUUCAAAGAGAUAGUUCACCAAAAAAUUUAUAUUGCCAUUGUUUUUGUUGUGCGGAAAACCAAAUCGCUUUUUGCACAAUCAUUACGUACUCUUGCCAACAUUCAAACUCCAAAAAGCAUCAUAAAAGAGGUCCAUAUGACUUUGUUCUAUUCUAUGAUGUGAAAAGAUAUAUAUAUAGAUUUUUUUGAGGAAAAGACCAAAAUCUUGCCCACUUCAAAGGUUAAUUGGUACAUUCUAACAAAUAUUCAGUUCCUACAGACACAACAAUAAAUGUUUUGUUUAGGUAAAAGCCCUGCAGUUUCAGACUUGAGUAAAUAUGAAAAAAGAAGGGUCAGAUUUGAGCAAAUUAUGUUGAUUAUCAAUGAAUAAACACUUUAUUUUCUCCUAAAACUAUGGUAUGGCUUGAAUUAUAUUUGGAACCAUUUUUAGUGAUUUUUUUUUAAACAGUUUAGAAAUUCCCAAUUUUGUCAUCUACAGAAAAAAAAAAUUAGCGUGAUGAAAUAAUGACUGUUUUAAUUUUAGGGUGAACUAUCCCUUUAAGUAUUAAGGUGGUUUGUGUGAAAAACUUUUUUUUUUCUAUUGAUAAAUAGAAAAGAAUGUUGUUUAGUCAGGAUUGUUUUCCAUUCCAGAGGGAAUCGCAGGUACAGAAUUGUGUCUGUAGACAAAAAAAAUUUAACCAGGUAACCUGAAUUUCUUGAAAACAUCUUCAUAUUUUAUUUAGUGCAUCCUCAUUAGUAUUUCAUUAGCAAAUCUGUUGUUUGUUUGUUUGUUAUUGAUCAUUAGUUCCUAAUCACUCAAGUUAAACUGACAUUGAUGUUAGUGAUUAUUCAUGUGAAUCUGUAAUGUUCAGCUUUCAAUUAUUUUAGUCUAAUUUGUUAUUCUCUAUCCACACAUUCUGUCUUCAUUACUCUGUAACUGCUAAUUCACGCCCAAAGAAACUCCCAAAACUGAAGAGUUUUGUGACUUGAAUAUUCAUUCAUCAAAAGCCAUAUGUUCAUAGACAAACCAAAUCUUUAUUUGCACCAGAAACUGACAGAUAAGAUUUCCUCAGGAGGGAGAUGAUUGCAGCACAUUUCCAACACUUAUUUAUUUGUUGUUUGCAAUUAAAGGUGUUUGGAGCACAUAAUUAACUGAUCAUAUUUUAUCAUAUAUAUAUGGUAUUGCAUAUACUUGAUUUCCCUGUAAUAAUAUAACUUACACUUGAUCAGUGUGGUAUAUUUUUAUAAUAAUUCAGUGGUAUUUUCUAUAUGUUGAAUGUUGAGGUAUUACUCACUGUAGGCUUUUUUAAUUUUUUGUAAAAAUAAAAAAAAAAAUACAAACAUUACAGGGCCAGCUGUGGGCUUCUGUUGAUGUCUUAAAUGUUUGAAAAUGUUUCCAUUUUGAUGCAGGUUUUGCAAGUUCACACGCAUUUCAGGACAUACUUGAUAUUGUUUGUUUAGAUAAAGUUCAUAAUAUUUCAUAUCAAUGUUUGAUUUGUUUUUUUUGUUUUUAAUUAUUUGUUCUGCUAGUUGUUGAGCAACUUAAUAAAGAGUUUUAUGAG